GAAUAAAAGACUACUCUAACUGGCCUACCAUCCCACAAGUAUACCUCAAUGGUGAAUUCGUUGGUGGCUGUGAUAUACUCCUCCAGAUGCAUCAGAAUGGAGAUCUUGUAGAAGAGCUGAAGAAGCUUGGAAUUCGUUCAGCACUUCUGGAUGCAGAAAAAGACCAAGACAAAAAGUAA